GUGCGACAGCGAGCGCUCGAGUGUUCGCUAGAGGCGUUUGUGUGUGCGGCUGAGGCACAGCGCACUCUACAACCAUAUCAAAGUGUGCCUCUUAGAAGACGUGCUUCACUUGUGUCUGUAUAACAGUAGUGCAGACCGUCUGCGUGUGUAUGUGUGUGUGUGUGUGUUGAUGUUCGUUUAAUUCUUCUACCUUGGUAAACUUGAAAAUUUUAUCUCAGGCAUAAAAAAUGUUUUAAGGUCUCCUUUGAAACCACCAACACACGUCGGGAUUUCAUGUUAAACCAGUAAAAUAUGUCGCUAUUUAAGGCGGUUUAACGCGUAACUGCAGGUUUAUUCGUCAUCCUAUACAAAUACUUCAGUUUAAUUGGGUAACGUGCACCGGUACUUUAACCAAGGAGGAACACGUGCAGGUGUAAGGGGGGGUCUGUUUACUGGGCAGGGUGUACCUGUAGUACCAAGAAUGGGCACCAGGAAUCUUCCCCCUAAGGACUGGAUGCUGGGGGACUUCCACCUCCAAGAGAAUCUUCAGGGUCAUCAGGCAGUUAUUCCUCAACACCACCAAGAGGGUCCUCAGCACCAUCAGCAGGCUCCCCAGCACUAUCAGGAGGAUCCUCAGCAUCAUCAGGAGGGUCCCCAGCACCAUCAGGAGGCUCUUCCUCAACACCACCAGAAGGGUCCCCAGCACCAUCAGGAGACUCUUCCUCAACACCACCAGGAGGGUCCCCAGCACCAUCAUGAGGAUCUUCAGCACCAUCAGGAGGGUCCCCAGCACCAUCAGGAGGCUAAUUCUCAACACCACCAGGAGGGUCUCCAGCACCAUCAGGAGGCUCUUACUUCACAGGAGGGUCCCCAGCACCAUCAGGAAGGCCCCCAACACUAUCAGGAGGCUUUUUCUGAACACCUCCAGGAGGGUCCCCAGCACCAGAAUACAAGUGCUGACAAACAUGAUCAUCUGCAACAACGCCCUGAUAACCACAGUGAGGACCUAAUGCAUGAGGACCUCUGCUGUAAUAAAGAGCUCUGCCUUCAGGACCUAUACCACCAUGAAGAACUUCAAAAUCUCAACCAUAAGGAGAACCUCUCUCUCCAAAACAUCCACAGUAAGAACCUUCCCCAUAAUAGAGAACUCGUUAACCAGAACUACCACUGUGAGGACCUUGAACACUGUGAGGACCUCCAACACUGUGAGGACCUCCAACACUGUGAGGACCACCACACUAAAGACUUCCACAACACUGAGGACUUCCACCAUACUGAGGACCACCACAGUGAGGACCUCCAACCCAGUGAGGGCCUCCAACCCAAUGGUGACCACCGCAGUGAGGACAUCCAUCCCAGUGAAGACCUCCGACACGAAGAGGAGCUCCCUCACCAGAGUCUUCCCCUCAUUGAGGGAUUUUCCCAUCAAAAUGAGGAACUGCCUCACAAUGAGGACCUUCCUAACAACAGUGAAGAACUCCCCAGUACUGAGCAUCUUCCUCACUGUAUUGAGGACCCCCACCAAAAUGAGGACCUCCACCACAAUGAGGAUUUUUCCCACCUCAAUAAGGACCUUCCUCACCACAAUCAAGACCUUCCCCAUCACGAUGAGGACCUCCACCACAAUGACGACUUUCCCCACCACAAUGAGGACCUUCUCCAUCAGACUCCCAAUCUGCCCUAUAAGGACCUGGACUCUCCAGACCUCCACUUUCCCACCCAUGUGAACACUCAGAUCCUCCAUAACGAUUUCCACCUCCACAUUUCCAAUCAGGAGGCCGGUCUCCACCUUCAGAAGGAGGAGGAGGUCCAGGACCUCCAGCGUCUCCUACCUCCGGAGCAGCAGCAGCAGGAUGAGGAACAGAGUGGUGUGAGCGGAGUGGAGACUGAGGUGACAGUGGGCAGCUGCUGCGUUCCUCUGCCUGACGACACCACAGACGGCCCUCUCAGCCUCACUUCCUUCAGGGGAGAGCUCGAUUCAGCAGUCUCUCAGUACAUCUCGCAGGUGAAGGACCUCGGCUACAAGGAGGAAGGAAUCAGGGACCAAAAACUCCUCGCCGUCAAGUUCCAGCUCGAUCCUGAUGAUAUAAAGCCUAAGAGCGAGGAGAUUGAAGAGAUACAGCCUAAACUAAACGUCAUCUCUAAAGAGGACAAGAGCGAGCAGACAGAUUUUGAGGAGGAAGUAUUGUCAGUGGACAACCCACUGUAUCUCACCCUGAGUGAAUGUUCCUCUGGUCUGCUCUCUCACACUGACCACCAUCUCUCUCACGAUCACCACUAUGAGAAUGGUCACAUCGGAAAAGAAGAUGAGCAUAUUUAUGAGAACGUAGGGAACUCAAGGAGAGGUGAGGGCGAGGAAGAGGAGCAUUUGUACGAUUCUCUUCCAAGACGUAAACCAGACCUCCCACCGAAGCCAGACUUCUUGUCGCAGCUCGCAGCGAGGCAGAGUGAACCAGUUAAACGAGCUUGGAAUCCUUUCGUGAGCUUGAGUGUCGACACAGGCGAUCCAACACCCCCUCUCAGCACUGCUUCGUCUCUCUCUCCACCAGAUUCCAACCUUUCCAAUGAGCAUUCGGAAGUGAGUUCUCACAAAUUGACUGAUAAAACCAUUAUCAACCCGUUUUUAAUCUCUAGGUCCAAAGAGACGUGUGAAGAAACUCUUAUCCUCGACGGCUCAGAGACUUCGGAUUUGGGGUCAUCUGGAGGAGAGUAUGAUGUUGAAGACUGGCCUCUACCUCCCACACCACCUCCAGGAGAAGAGGAAGUGAGUGUUCACGACGAUCCAUUACCUCCUCCACCACCUGAACUUGCUUUGCAACAGCUUGAGGAGGAAGUAUUCCGCGAAGCAGAGGAAGAGAGGAAACUUACUUUUCAGAAGGAGAAAGGUGCCAUAGGAUGUAAUUACAGCGCCAAGACUCUGACUCUUGAUGAAGAACAAAAGAUCGAAGCCGUCAAUAUUAAUCUCCCAUCCCUUGAGAAAUUCAAGAAGCCAGUGAUCGAGACGUCAGUUACAGAUUCCAAACCAAAGAAGCCUAAGAUCAUUCAAGUUGAUGAGGACGAUAGUGAGGAAUUUGACACUCCAGCUAUCAGACACUCUGUGAUUAUCGAACUUAAAGAUUCAUGCCCUAGUGUCCCACAGAGCAUACGGCCUUCCGAUAUCCGGAGGAAGGAGAGUCUUAAGCGUAGUGAGAGCGUUAGACACACAGGUGUCCUCAGGCGCACUAAUAGCUACAACAAAGUAAGCAGACGUGAAUCUCUCUCUGACGUUUUCCCAAGCAUCAAGGGUGAGUUUAAAAAAUCCGACGUUGGUGACAGUAUCCCCGUGGGUGUGACUUCACCGAAGAAAGAACCAAGCCUUUCUUCCUUGGGCAACAGUGACAGCAACACAGAUCAAGUAAUCGAAAUUUCUGAGGACGGUUUCUGGGAGACGAAAUCCACGAGCAUGGAUUCUCUGAGUUCUAACCCGAAAACCCAAGGAGAUAAUGACCCUUAUACUGGUAACCCCGUCAUAGUGCCUCAGCUGAACGCCGCUGCCAUCGCCGCCCCACCCAAACAAUUCCAGGUCAACGAUGGCAUGGAUGGCGUCUACAGCGCCAACGUCAUCAACACCCACUCAGGACCCUCGUCCAUCGCCAGUACUUUCGCCGACACUACAACUGUAGGAGACGUCAACCCACCUGAGACUCCAACUCUGUUGAUUACACCUGAGACUAUCCAUGAAGAACCUACUGUUUCCCAAAAUCCUAGGGAAAUAGGCCAGGAAACAAAAGACUCUGAAUCUGAUCUGGUACUUAAAACGGAGGAUAAUGAUGUCAGGUCUCCAUCUCACAAGAAUCUCGGUGUAGCCAUCAUGGAGGGCUACGCGUAUGAUCUUCAGAAGAAGAAAGACAGCAUGAAUCUUCCUGAGCAUUCCCUUCUGGAGUUUGGUGACUCAGUACGAGACUUGGAGGAACAGCGAAGGUCCGUAAUCAAACAGAUGACUGUGAAAGCCAAGAGGAAAGAUACGUGGAUCAAAACUUUCAGUAUGCAUGAUCAGGGAAAGGAGAAUAUUCCAGUUGCUCCAUCUAGAUCCAGGAGGAAAAACUCUCCUGUAAGGCCGCAGAUAGUCACAAACCCUGGAGAAAACAGUCAAGACGCCACUGAUUCACCUGUCAUUAAACCUACCAGAAAGUCAGAAGCAGGAAUCGUCAAAAGCCAGAAGAGCAACUUCGAAGCCUCUGUUCUACAGCAGAGUUCUUCAAAGACGACAAAGGCUCCCACUGUUGUUGUGGAACCAGCCUCACCUCCGGAUGCUUCUCACAGUGACAAGAAAACUGUACAGCUUGAGCCGGCCAUAGCAAUGGGCGCUGCAAAGAAUGAAAAUGUUGCUGAAGAGAACAUUAUUACGCCCAAGAAUACCGAAAUGCUGGCUGCUCUCUUUUCCUCAUCCAACAAAGCAGCUGGAAACAAUGAGGAACUAAAAGAAUCCACUCAGGGCUUCCCAAAGAAGCUGGAGGCCUGCAUAGAGACAGAAGAAGUCAGAGCUUCUCUCGAGGGUCCUCAGACACCUGUCGUAGAUCCCAUCUUAGUUGAUGAACCGGUGUUCUUAGCAGAGGCUUACCCGGUGGAGUUAGUAGCCUCUCCUACGAUCAUUAACAUUGAUGAAGCAUUGCUUAUGAAGACUCAUGCCCCACAUGUGACCACAACACUAGACCUGACGCACAUAAUGCCCUCAGAACCACACUUCCAGAGUGCCCUCACGAAGGAGAAUGAAGAGGAACAGGAAGAGGAAGAGAGCCCAAUGGUGAGAGAGAAAAAUGAGAUCAAUCUGGCCUACAGUACCUUGGCCAAAUUCCUGAGCACUGAACUAACAGAACACAAACAGGAAUCUAUUAUUGCAGAGGAAAAGAAAAUGGAACAAAGUGAAAUGAGAGCUUUUGAGGAGACGGAACAGAAGGAUCCAAACACAACAGAAGAGGAAAUGGAACAGAAGAAGGAAACUAAGACACUCAAGGAAGAGGAGACGGAAUCGAUUGAAAUGGCUGAGAACCUUCAGCAGCAUAUUGAAGGAGAGGCGGGGAAGGUGAAGCAGGGAGCUACCAAGAACUACUGGGAGUCCCACAUGUUGGCCAAGAUGGACGACGCUGGCUGGGAGAGUGUGGCCAACGUCCGCUUCCAGCCCCUACCAGGGGCCACGCCUGUCCACGUCCAGACUGAGGACGAGGCAGACACGGUGACCACACCACCACCACCAGACUUCAUGCCAGCACCGCCGCCACAGUUUGACAACUCUCCUGUGGAGUCUGAAGAAUCUGCUCCCCCAUCUCUCGACACCCCCACCACUCACACCACAACUACCCCCAACAUCAUCCUCAACACCGCCUCCGUCAACUCCAACAUCAACACACAGGAGACUCGACCCACCAAGCAAUACGUGUACGGCAUCACCGACGCAACACCACCACCCAAGGAGAUGCGCACUGCUCGCAUUGUGGAGACUGUGGCCAAGAAGCCAGCAUCACAGGAGAACGUGAUCGAGGCGGAGAUCCGUGCUCAGCAGCUGAAGGAGGUGGCUAUGCGGCAGGAGGGAACGCUCAAGUCAACCAGCAGCAGCAGCAGCACCACCACCACCACCACCACGGUGGUUCGGGAGAAAGGAGCUUCCUCCCCCGCCAGCCACGACUCUGACGAGGGCUUCGUCGAUCGUCUGGUAGAAGAUGUGCCUAUAACUCCCACCAGUGGUUACACACACACCAUUGCAGGCAACGACGGAGAACCUGUUAUCUACGACACUGUUAGCCCUCCACCUGAGUACUUCUCAGAGAGGUUAGUUGCUUCUUCACAGUGUUUUGGUGGUCUAUGCCAGCAAUUCUCAAACUGUGUUGCACCCGCCCCAGGGGUAUGCACAUACGUUUUAUGGGGUGCAUGGUUUGCUAAUAUGUCGUCUUACAAAAUGUGUGAAAGUGGUAAGAUUCGCAAGUACCCAUCACCACUUAGAGAGAUUUGGAGAGAUGUUGAGUGAGUGCAUGGGGAGUUU